AUGGCCAUCUAUGAUCGUGAUGAUGGUGGUGGUGAUGCUGAUGGUGUUUAUGAUGGUGAUGAUGGUGAUACUGAUGAUGCUGGUAGUGUUUAUGAUGGUGAUACUGCUGAUGGCGAUGAUAGUGGUGAUGAUGACAGUGUUUAUGAUGGUGGUGUCCAUGGCCAGUGGCACCCCUGGAGCCAGCACACGCACCAGCACGGCGCCUUUCUGAAAAGGAAGGAGGGCUGGGGACAGGCCGGUGACAGCCAGGUGUCAGUCCUCCGGGGCUCCCGUGCGUGGGGGUGGUGUGUCCUCACGGGGGACAGUGGCUGCCGACAUGGUGGUGGAAGGAGGCGGGAGGCGGGUGCCGAGCCCCGUGUCGGGGUCCGGGGUCCCCUCCUUGCGGUCUCCUCACGCCCUGCCUUUGUGCCCGCAGCUUACGUCCCCGAGGAGGAGCUGAAGGCUGCGGCGGCGGCGGACGAUGGCGCCCCGGCGGAGGACGGUGGGCUGGACGUGGAGGACGGUGACUUCCCCGAGGACGCGGAUGGCCAGGACGCCCGGAGCGGCCAGAACUCCCCGGCCAGCUCGGCCUCUCCCUUCAGCGAGGGCAGUGACGGCCCGGCAGCCGCCUUCCAGGAACCCCGGGAGGACCGGGGGGAGGACGCAGCCUCGGGAGCGGUGGCCACGGCGUCCCCCGAGGACGGCGCGUCCUACCCGCAGGACAGCCUGGCCCAGAUCAAGGCCGUCUAUGCCAACCUCUUCUCCGAGUCCUGCUGGUCCAGCCUGGCCCUGGACCUGAAGAAGCCGGGCCCCGGCGGCAGCCCCGGCGGCGCCCCCCAGAAGGAGGGCUCCGUGCCGGCCCCCACGACCCCCGCGGGCCAGGCCACCCCGGCCGCCGCUGCCACCGCCCCGGGUUCCGGCGGCUCGGGCCCGGGCCCGGGCCAGGGCGGCUCCGGGUACGACUGGCACCAGGCGGCCCUGGCCAAGACACUGCAGCAGGCGCCCGCCUUCGGGCUGCUGCCCGAGCCCAGCCUGUUCAGCACCGUGCAGCUGUACCGGCAGAACAACAAGCUGUACGGCUCGGUGUUCACGGGCGCCAGCAAGUUCCGCUGCAAGGACUGCAGCGCGGCCUACGACACGCUGGUGGAGCUGACCGUGCACAUGAACGAGACCGGCCACUACCGCGACGACAACCGCGACAAGGACGCCGACAGGGCCCGGCGCUGGUCCAAGCCGCGCAAGCGCUCGCUCAUGGAGAUGGAGGGCAAGGAGGACGCGCAGAAGGUGCUCAAGUGCAUGUACUGCGGCCACUCCUUCGAGUCCCUGCAGGACCUGAGCGUGCACAUGAUCAAGACCAAGCACUACCAGAAGGUGCCGCUCAAGGAGCCGGUGCCCGCCCUCGCCAAGCUCGUGCCCUCGGCCCGCAAGCGGGCGCUGCAGGACCCCGCGCCCCCCGCCUCACCCCCCGAGACGCCCGCCGCCCCAGCGCCCCCGGAUGCCCUGCCCCCGGGGGACUCGGCCAAGGACCAGAAGGCCGCCAACCCCUAUGUGACGCCCAACAACCGCUACGGCUACCAGAACGGCGCCAGCUACACCUGGCAGUUCGAGGCCCGCAAGGCGCAGAUCCUCAAGUGCAUGGAGUGCGGCAGCUCUCACGACACACUGCAGCAGCUCACGGCCCACAUGAUGGUCACCGGACACUUCCUCAAGGUCACCACGUCCGCCUCCAAGAAGGGGAAACAGCUGGUGCUGGACCCCGUGGUGGAGGAGAAGAUCCAGUCCAUCCCGCUGCCCCCCACCACACACACCCGCCUGCCAGCCGCCGCCGCCGCCCAUGGCAAGAGGCGGCCCGAGUCGCCCCCCGCCGCCGGGCCCGGUGUCCCCGAGGACAGGAAGGAGCCCCCCGAGAAGGACGGGCCGGCCCCGGCCCCGGUCCCGGCCCCGACCCCAGCGGCCGCAGCCGACGGGGAGAAGAAGAUCAAGGAGGAGAGCUGUGAGGACGCGGACAAGCCGGAGCCCCCGGCGCUCUACCAGUACCUGCGCGAGGAGGACCUGGAGGACAGCCCCCGCGGCGGGGUGGACAUCCUCAAGUCGCUGGAGAACACAGUGUCCACCGCCAUCAGCAAGGCCCAGAACGGGGCGCCCUCCUGGGGCGGGUACCCCAGCAUCCACGCCGCCUACCAGCUGCCCGGCUCGGCCAAGCCGCUGCCCGCCGUCCAGCCCGUGCAGCCGUCGCUGCCCUUCUCAGCGGCCCGGGCCCUGUCCUCUGCCGAGCACGGCGCACCCCUGGCUGCCCCGGGCGGCCUCUCGCCGCCCCCCCACAAGAGCAAUGUGUCGGCCAUGGAGGAGCUGGUGGAGAAGGUGACCGGGAAGCCCAAGAGGGAGGACAGGGGCUCGCCCUCGGCCAAGGCCGCCUCUCCUGGGGCCAAGGAGAACAAGGACUUCCUGGCGGGCCGGACACCGACGGACUCGGGCGGCAGGCCGCAGCCCAGGAAGAGCCCGGAGGCCCCCCUGGAGGCGCCUGCCAAGCUCAAGAAGGAGGCGGGAGCGGACGUCCUCACGUCCAAUGGUGGAGGCCCAGCGGAGCCCCCGAGGGCCAAGGUCACCAACGGCUGCGGGGGCGGCUCCCUGGGCGUCCUGGGCGCCCACUCCCCAGAGACCCCCUUCGUCAACCCGCUGAGCGCCCUGCAGUCCAUCAUGAACACGCACCUGGGCAAGGUGUCCAAGCCACUCAGCCCCUCGCUGGACCCCCUGGCCAUGCUGUACAAGAUCAGCAACAGCGUGCUGGACAAACCGGGGGCCCCGGCCGCCGCCGCGCCGCCCGCCCGGCCGCUGGACACCAUCCACCGUUACUACUACGAGGCCGGGGACCAGCCCAUGGACCUGACCAAGGCCAAGAGCCGGCCGUCUCCGGGGGGUGCCGGGGAGGCGGGCUCGGCGGGCUCCCCGCUGCGGGAGAGCGCCCUGAUGGACAUCUCCGACAUGGUGAAGAACCUGACGGGGGGCCGGCUGACCCCCAAGUCCUCCACGCCGUCCACCGUGUCGGAGAAGUCAGACGCGGAUGGCAGCAGCUUCGAGGAGGCCUUGGACGAGCUGUCCCCGGUGCACAAGCGCAAGGGCCGCCAGUCCAACUGGAACCCGCAGCACCUGCUUAUCCUGCAGGCCCAGUUUGCCGCCAGCCUGCGGGAGACGCCCGAGGGCAGGUACAUCCUGGCCGACCUGGGCCCCCAGGAGCGCGUGCACAUCUCCAAGUUCACCGGGCUCUCCAUGACGACCAUCAGCCACUGGCUGGCCAACGUCAAGUACCAGCUGCGGAGGACAGGGGGAACCAAGUUCCUCAAGAACCUGGACACCGGCCAUCCUGUCUUCUUCUGCAACGACUGUGCCUCUCAGUUCAGAACUGCCUGCACCUACAUCAGCCACCUGGAGACGCACCUGGGCUUCAGCCUCAAGGACCUCUCCAAGCUGCCAUUGCACCAGCUGCAGGAGCAGCAGUCCCUCCCUUCCAAGGGCCCGGCCGGCAAGGUCCUGGGCCCUGGGGGCGGGGGGCUGGGGGCGACCGAGGAGGACGCCGGCUCCACCUUCCAGUGCAAGCUUUGCAAUCGGACCUUCGCCAGCAAACACGCCGUCAAGCUCCAUCUGAGUAAGACGCACGGCAAGUCCCCCGAGGACCAUCUGAUCUACGUGAUGGAGCUGGAGAAACAGUAGCCCCUGCCCCCCCCCACCCCGGACCCCCGCACCCCUGCCCCUCCACGCACGAGGCCUGGCCUGAGCCUCCGAAAUCAGCCUGCCCGCCCAGGCCGCGAGGCCCCUCGGACCCUGGCUGUUUUCUGGUAUCUGUUUUCUGGUUCGAUUUAUAUAUAUGCUCUUCCUCUGUUUCAUGCCGGUUGCUUUUUUCUUUCUCUCCUCCUCCUUAUUCUCCUCCAUCUCCUCCUCCUUCUCCUUCCUCUCCCUCCUUCUCUCCCUCUUCUUACUCUCCUUCUGUCCCUCUUUCUCUCCGUGAGUCAAUGUCUGACCUUUAUUUUCCACAUCUGUUCCGGGUGUUACGCUCUCUUUUGUAGGGACUGCAGGAGCUCACGCACAGACAUUCACUCGGGGGGGGGGGGGGGGGGGGGCGGGGUGGGUGGGUGGGGGGAGAGGAGGAAAGACACAAAUAAGGGUGAUAAAAAGACAUCCCAAAACAAAAACCACAAAGUUGCCAUGACAAUAGAGGUCAGAGCACCUCGGCAUGUCAGAUUUAACCCUUGGAGGACUGUAAUUGCAUUUCUGUGCCUUUCACUUGAGAAAAAAAUAAUAAUAGAGAGAGAGAGAGAAAAAAGAAAGAAAAAGAGGCGUUUCGCUCACACUAAAAGCCGUGUCAGACACAAAACUCAUGCACCAACGAGAAGGACGCUGAUCUUCCGGGAGACACGUUUGUGAGGCCCUCGUGCACUGCGGGCCGAGGAGACGCUCCCUGGGAUCUCUGGAUGACAGCCGCCACUGGACACGCUCAAAACAGAAACAAGCCGCCCAGUUACCACUCUGCCCGUCCCCUCUGGAUGCUGAAAUACGCCACUUUUGGCAAAAAAAAAAAAAAAAAAAUUUAAAAAGUAUGCAAGCUAUUAUUUAAAGAUGUGUACAAAGGCUAUUUCUUUUUUUUUUUUCCUGUAAAAUACUAAGGUUUAUAGUUAUUUACAAAUGUAAGCUUUGGUAUAAGCUGACCUUUCUCUAGUGUGCUGCCUUGAUAAAUGAAAAAGAGAAAAAAAAAAAACAAAAAAACAAAAACCGGGGCAAAUGUUGGAGUCUUUUUGUUUCUUGUCAACUACCAGCAUCAGCUUCAAGAAAAGCAAACAAAACUCCUCUCUCUGGCAUCACGACCAUGUUUCUCGAUUCGACUUCCUUUGUACCUUCCGGCUGAAUGCUUUUUCUCUUUUAACUUUUUAUAUUGUCAUUUUAUAUUAAAUUUCUGUGUAUAUAAUGUAAAAAAUACCACGAUUUUUGAAUAAAAUUGAGUUCCUGCUGCUUGA